UGGACUGGUUCUGACGUCUCUCUGACUCUGAAGUUAUGAACUGGGACGGCGUCUUCACAUCAAAUGCACAUCGACUUCAGGACUGACGAGGGACAACGAGCAGCUUCUUGUCUCCCAGUGUCUCCUGGACACAUGAAGGAGGACCGGGUCUGGAAACUGACCUGAAGAGACUUCAGCAGGUGUGGACUCUGCUAUGAGUCAGUGUGAGGACAGAGAGGAGGGACCCCCUCCCUCUAAAACCACUCUGUGGGGGGACCAUGACAGCCAGACCAAAGCUCAGAGGAACUCAUCCACGGUCUUUGUUUGUAUCAGGAUGCAGCAGCAGAAACCUGGACCUGGACCCAGCUGUGUGUCCAUGAAGAGUGACCGGUCUAUGGAUCGUCCUAUUUACUUUAAAGAUGGACAAGCUGUUGAUGGAAGAGUUCACCAGGAGAGCUCAGAGGGCCUCGGUGGUCAGUCUGACCUGCAGCAGCAAACAGACCUGGACUCCCUAUUUAUGCUGCUGGAGGAGAACAUCCUCACUUUUGUAAAGAACGAGCUGAAGAAGAUUCAGAAAGUUCUAUGUCCAGAUUACCCAGAAUGCUUAGAUAGUCAGAGGGAGGAUAAGGAGGUUUUGGAGGGUGAGGAUGAAGAGCAGAGGAGGAGGAGCAGAGAAGCAUUUCUGAAGAUCACACUGCACUUCCUGAGGAAAAUGAAGCAGGAGGAGCUGGCUGACCGUCUGCAGAGCAGAAGUCAUUCUGGAGUUUGUCAGCGUAAACUCAAGACUAACCAGAAGAUAAAGUUCCAGUGUGUGUUUGAGGGGAUUGCUAAAGCAGGAAACCCAACCGUUCUGUAUCAGAUGUUCACAGAGAUCUACAUCAUGGAGGGAGGGGCUGCAGGGGUCAAUGAUCAACAUGAGGUCAGACAGAUUGAAACAGCAUCCAGGAAACCAGACAGACCAGAAACAAUAAUCAGAUGUGAAGACAUCUUUAAAGCCCCACCUGGAAGAGAUGAACCAAUCAGAACCGUGAUGACAAAGGGAGUGGCUGGCAUCGGGAAAACAGUCUUAACACAGAAGUUCACUCUGGACUGGGCUGAAGGCAAAGCCAACCAGGACAUCCAGUUCAUAUUCCCAUUCACCUUCAGAGAGCUGAAUGUGCUGAAAGAGAGAAAGUUCAGCUUGGUAGAACUUGUUGAUCACUUCUUUAGUGAAACCAAAGAAGCAGGAAUCAGCAGGUUUGAAGAGGUCCAGGUGGUCUUCAUCUUUGACGGUCUGGAUGAGUGUCGACUUCCUCUGGACUUCCUCAACACUGAGAUCCUGACUGAUGUUACAAAGUCCACCUCAGUGGGUGUGCUGCUGACAAACCUCAUCAGGGGGAAUCUGCUUCCCUCUGCUCGCCUCUGGAUAACCACCCGACGUGCAGCAGCCAAUCAGAUCCCUCCUGGGUGUGUUGACAUGGUGACAGAGGUCAGAGGAUUCACUGACCCACAGAAGGAGGAUUAUUUCAGGAAGAGAUUCAGAGACGAGGAGCAGGCCAGCAAAAUCAUCUCCCACAUCAAGACAUCACGAAGCCUCCACAUCAUGUGCCACAUCCCAGUCUUCUGCUGGAUCAGUGCUACAGUUCUGGAGAAGGUGUUGAAGACCAGAGAGGGAGGACAGCUGCCCAAGACCCUGACUGAGAUGUACAUCCACUUCCUGGUGGUUCAGUCCAAAGUCAAGAACAUCAAGUAUGAUGGAGGAGCUGAGACAGAUCCACACUGGAGUCCAGAGUCCAGGAAGAUGAUUGAGUCUCUGGGAAAACUGGCUUUUGAGCAGCUGCAGAAAGGCAACCUGAUCUUCUAUGAAUCAGACCUGACAGAGUGUGGCAUCGAUAUCAGAGCAGCAUCAGUGUACUCAGGAGUGUUCACACAGAUCUUUAAAGAGGAGAGAGGACUGUACCAGGACAAGGUGUUCUGCUUCGUCCAUCUGAGUGUUCAGGAGUUCCUGGCUGCUCUUCAUGUCCAUCUGACCUUCACCAACUCUGGAGUCAACCUGCUGGCAGAAGAACAAACAUCAUCAGCACAGUUCUACCAGAGUGCUGUGGACAAGGCCUUACAGAGUCCUAAUGGACACCUGGACUUGUUCCUCCGCUUCCUCCUGGGUCUUUCUCUGCAGACCAAUCAGAAUCUCCUCCGAGGUCUGCUCACGCAAACAGGAAGUAGCUCUCAGACCAAUCAGAAAACAGUGGAGUACAUCAAAAAGAAGUUGGAUGAGGGUCUGUCUGCAGAGAGUAGCAUAAAUCUGUUCCACUGUCUGAAUGAACUGAAUGAUGGUUCUCUAGUGGAGGAGAUCCAACAGUCCCUGAGUUCAGGACGUCUCUCCACAGAUAAACUGUCUCCUGCUCAGUGGUCAGCUCUGGUCUUCAUCUUACUGUCAUCAGAAGAAGAUCUGGACGUGUUUGACCUGAAGAAAUACUCUGCUUCAGAGGAGGCUCUUCUGAGGCUGCUGCCAGUGGUCAACGAAAAAGCCAAAAAAGCUCUACUGAGUGACUGUGACCUAUCGGAGAGAAGCUGUGAAGCUCUGUCCUCAGUUCUCAGCUCCCAGUCCUCUAGUCUGAGAGACCUGGACCUGAGUAACAACAACCUGCAGGAUUCAGGAGGGAAGCUGAUCUCUGAUGGACUGAAGAGUCCACACUGUAAACUGGAGACUCUCAGGCUGAGUCUCUGUAACUUAUCAGAGAGAAGCUGUGAAGCUCUGUCCUCAGUUCUCAGCUCCCAGUCCUCUAGUCUGAGAGAGCUGGACCUGGGUAACAACAACCUGCAGGAUUCAGGAGUGGAGCUGAUCUCUGAUGGACUGAAGAGUCCACACUGUAAACUGGAGACUCUCAGGCUGAGUCUCUGUAACCUGUCAGAGAGAAGUUGUGAAGCUCUGUCCUCAGUUCUCAGCUCCCAGUCCUCUAGUCUGAGAGACCUGGACCUGAGUAACAACAACCUGCAGGAUUCAGGAGUGGAGCUGAUCUCUGAUGGACUGAAGAGUCCACACUGCAGACUGGAGACUCUCAGUCUCUCAGGCUGUAUGAUCUCAGAGGAAGGCUGUUCUUCUCUGGCCUCAGCUCUGAGCUCCAACCCCUCCCAUCUGAGAGUGCUGGACCUGAGCUACAAUCAUCCAGGAGACUCAGGAGUGAAGCGGCUUUCUGCUUUACUGGAGGAUCCAGACUGCAGACUGGACACUCUCAGGGUGGACCAUGGUGGACCACAGAGACUGAGACCUGGUCUGAGGAAGUAUGUCUGUGAACUGGAACUGGACACAAACACAGUACACAGAGUACUCAAACUGUCUGACAACAACAGGAAGGUGACACAUGUGAAGGAGGAUCAGUCAUAUCCUGAUCAUCCAGACAGAUUUGACCGCUGGCGUCAGCUGCUGUGUAGAGAUGGUCUGACUGGUCGCUGUUACUGGGAGGUCGAGAGGAGAGGAGGGGUUAAUAUAUCAGUGAGUUACAGAGGAAUCAGAAGGAAAGGAGACAGUGAUGACUGUGGGUUUGGAUAUAAUGAUCAUUCCUGGAAUCUGUUCUGCUCUGAUGAUGGUGGUUACUCUGUCUGGCACAAUGACAGAGGAACAGUCCUCACGUCCUGCUCUGUCUCUAACAGAGUAGCAGUGUAUGUGGACGUUCCUGCUGGCUCUCUGUCCUUCUACACAGUCUCCUCUGACUCACUGAUCCACCUCCACACCUUCAACACCACAUUCACUCAGCCUCUCUAUCCUGGGUUUUGGGUCUGGUCUGGUUCCUCAGUGUCUCUGUGUCCUCUGCAGGACUGAGAGUCUCUCCUGUGGACAGAAACACUGACUGAAGACCAGCUGCUGAAAUCAAAGUUCAGUCUGUUCACCAUCAAACACACUCUGCACUGUGAAGCAGAUCUGAUCAGAUCUGUCUCCUCAUGUUAUUUUGCCUCACAAAGUCAUAAUUAAAGUCAGAAAGUCAAAGGUAUAACUACUGGGGGGGGGGGGGGGGGGCAGUAGCUCAGUC